UGAGAAUCUAACCUACCCACGGCAUUUCACCACUUGCUCUCUGGAAACGCUUCAGAUGGGCUCCUGAAUUCGGGAACCGGUUGGCUUUGCAGUUUUUUUACGUCGCAAGAAUAAAACAUCCACGUUGCCGUCGCUCAGACAUCCCGCGCGCCCGUAACAGUGCGUUUUCUAGCCCGCUGACAUCACGGGGAGCGCGCGACAAACUUGGGAGCAAAAGGGACGCGCGGAGGAGUACGUAGCUCGGCGGGGAUGAGUUGUUGAGGAUUUCACGAAUGGCACACAGUCGGCUCUCCCUGUGGAAUGAGACUCUUCGUUCUCUGGCUCCAUCAUAAAAAGAAACAAGAAGCACUAAAACUUCUCCUUUUUUAUCCCGCGGACACAAAAACAUCUGCUCGGCGAUAGCGAAGGACCACGACGGGCACCGACAUCUGGUUUUGAAUUUUGUUUUUCUUCUUCCAAGCGGAGAGUUGCGAAUGCUCUGAUUCGGAUUUUCGCGGAGGGGUGAAGUUAUUUUGACGCCGACCACUGUGACGGGGGUUUGAGGGUUAGACACCUGCCUCUGGGAUCCCCCCGGCUGACACAUAGCAGGCAGAUCUUCUGAUGACCUCAUGGAACUGACGUUACAAGUAGUGCUGUUCUGGGUCCUGGUGCUGCACUGUAGCUCUGCUGAAGGCAGUAUCCUGUAUCGGGUCCAGGAGGAGCAGCCUCCCAACACUCUCAUUGGUAGCCUGGCAGCAGACCAGGGCCUGCCAGACUCUGGUCACCUCUACAAGCUAGAGGUGGGUGACCCAUACCUUCGCGUCGAUGGAAAGACGGGGGACAUUUUCACGACAGAGAUUCCCAUAGACAGAGAGACCCUGCGGGACUGUCGAUCCGUUGGCAAGGGUAAGCCCUGCUACCUGGAAUUUGAAGUAUCUGUGACAGACCUGAUACAAAACCAGAGCCCACGACUCAUCGAAGGACGCAUUGAGGUACAAGACAUCAAUGACAACACUCCACAAUUUCCCUCUUCUGUGCUCACCAUCUCUGUCCCCGAGAAUACGAUCAUGGGUGCGCUAUUCGCCAUACCAUUAGCUACAGACAGGGACUCUGAAAGGAAUGGAGUGGCGGAUUACGCUUUGACCGCAGGGCCCGACGCAGCAACCCUAUUCGGUUUACAGGUGGCUGAGGACAGGGGCGGUAAGCUCCCACAGCUCAUUGUCCUGGGCAACCUAGAUCGUGAGUUAAAGGAUUCCUAUGACCUCACCAUCAAGGCAGUUGAUGGAGGAAACCCACAGCGUUACAGCAGUGCUCUGCUAAGAGUGGUGGUCACCGACGCCAAUGACAACUCUCCUAAGUUUGAAAGGUCCACGUAUGAUGCGGAGGUGUUGGAAAACAGUCCAGUGGGGCACUCGGUAUUGCAGGUGAAAGCAAAUGACUCUGACAUGGGCCCUAACGGAGAAAUUGAGUACACCCUUCACCAAGCAGUAGACCCAGUGCCGAAACUCUUACGAAUCGAUCGGUCCACUGGCAUUAUCUAUGUCAAAGGUUCUCUGGACAGGGAGGAAAUUAACAGCUUGUCCUUCUACGUCGUGGCGAGGGACAAGGGUCCUCAACCUAAAAGCUCCAAGACAUUUGUAACCAUAGAGGUGACAGACCAAAAUGACAACGCUCCAGCUGUAGAGAUCCGUGGGAUUGGUCUUGUGACACACAGUGAAGGAGUGGCCAACAUUUCAGAGGACAUGCCAGUUGGAACAGCUGUUGCUUUGGUGCAAGUGUCCGACAAGGAUGAGGGAGAGAAUGCUGUAGUAACAUGUGUCGUCGCAGGAGAUGUGCCUUUCCAGCUCCGCCCUGCCAGCGACUCGUCCAGUGACAACAAGAGGAAGUAUUUUCUACAGACCACCACUCCCCUCGACUACGAAAGGAUUAGGGAUUAUCGAGUAGAGAUUGUGGCUGUGGAUUCGGGAAAUCCAGCGUUGUCUAGUACAAAUUCUCUGAAAGUGCAGGUGACUGAUGUAAACGACAACUCUCCAAUAUUCUCCCCAACUUUGUUUGAGGUAGAUUUUGCCGAAGAAAACCAACCAGGGGAGAGGGUUUUGGAUGUUAUAGCCUCGGAUGCUGACAGCGGCACGAACGCGGAACUCCUCUAUAAUAUUGUGGCAGACUCGUCCAUCAAAGGUCUGUUUGCGAUUGACCCAAAUACGGGCGAAGUAAGAGCAAGAAGCCCGCUUGACCGAGAGCACAAAGAGCGCUAUGAAUUCCGUGUCACCGCAGCAGAUAAAGGGUCACCUGUUCACAAAGGAACAGCAACUGUUGUGAUAAAAGUCCUCGACCGUAAUGACAAUGACCCCAAGUUCAUGCUCAGUGGCUAUAGCUUUUCAGUUUUGGAAAACAUGCCUCCUCUUAGUCCAGUUGGCAUGGUGACAGUGCUAGAUUUGGACAAAGCCGAGAACGCCCAUAUUCACCUCUCUGUAGAGCCCGAUGGAGGGAAGUUUGUUGUUCAAAACGGAACGGGCACCAUUCUAUCAAGCAUCUCAUUCGACAGGGAGAAAGAAAGCAGCUAUACUUUCCGUCUGAAAGCAGUGGAUGGAGGAGAGCCCCCUCGCUCUUCGUGUGUGGGCGUUACCAUCAAUGUGCUGGAUGAAAACGACAACAACCCUGUGGUCACCAAACCCUCCAAUUCGUCGUUCAGGCGCUUGUCACCUUUAGCUUCCCCAGAUAGCCACGUUGAGAUAGUGGAAGCUGAAGACCUGGACAGUGGGCCUAAUGCAGAGCUGGUCUUCAGCAUCGCUGGCGGAAACCCUUACCAGUUAUUUCGCAUUUCCCCUUCCAGUGGGGAGAUUACUCUUGCAAAAGAGAUGACCCGAAAACAUGGCGGACUACAUCGUCUUGUGGUGCGAGUGAGCGAUAGGGGGAAGCCUGCACGUCAUGCAACUGCCCUGGUGCACAUUUAUGUCAAUGAAACCAUUUCAAAUGUCAGCUUAGUGGAGGCCCUAGUAGGUCACAGUCUCUACACUCCGCUGGACAGGGAUAUUGCUGGUGAUCCUGACAAUGGUUUUGCUGCACAGCGCAGUAACAUUUUGUUUGGAAGCCUCGCAGGUGUUGCAGGAGUUGUCAUGUUAAUCUUGGUGGUGGUAUUUGUUCGACACCGCAUCCACAGAGAAACUAAGAGUGGGUAUCAGGCGGGCAAGAAGGAGACGAAGGACUUGUAUGCGCCCAAACAGGUGCCAAAGAACACCAAAGGCAAACGAGGAAGGAAAGGAAAACCCCAAAAGUCCCCAAAACCACUCGGGGAAGAUGAAGAAGUCAGCCUUCAAAAGAGUCUAAAGUUCAACCUCGAUGGAGUCAAUGAUAGCCCCAGAAUACACCUGCCCUUAACAUACUCACCAGGAAGCCCAGAUAUAGGCAGGCACUACCGCUCCAACUCCCCCUUACCCUCCAUCCAGCUGCAGGCCCAGUCCCCUUCAGCCUCACAGAAGCAUCAAGCUGUCCAGGACCUUCCCGCUGCCAACACCUUUGUAGGAACGGGAGGAGAUGACAACUCUACCGGCUCAGACCAGUAUUCAGAUUACAGCUACAAGACCAGCCAACUGAAGUACAGCAACAAACAGCACCCCCAUCGGCGAGUGACCUUCUCCACCGCCAACCCCGUGCAGGACCUGCAGGAUGCCUCUCAGCACAGCUACUAUGACAGCGGCUUGGAGGAAUCGGAGACUCCCAGCAGUAAGUCCUCGUCUGGUCCUCGCAUUGGACCCCUGACCCUGCCCGAGGACCACUACGAGAGGACCACUCCAGAUGGCAGCAUUGGAGAGACCGAGCACCCUGAAAACGAUAUCCGCUCCCUCCCUGAUGUGGCAAUGACCGGAAACUGUACGACCGAGUGCAGCGAAUUGGGCCACUCAGACGCCUGCUGGAUGCCCGGGCAUCCCUCCCCCGUACGCAAGACCAGGAACCCCCCGAAACUCUCCACCUUCGUGCCUUACCAGGAGAGAGGGAGCCUGGGACGCCUGGCCAACGGGAGCGCCAGGCCGGGCGGCGACGAGCACCGGCCGCGCCUUCCGCCCUCCCGCAGUGCCUAUUCCAACAGCGGUCACGACGCCGGUCAGGACUGCCCCUUGGAGGAGAUGCCCCUGAGCGUCGCCUCCGAGUUCCCACCCGCCUCCCCUUCUGCUCACACUCCAAAAAGAGAAAUCUACCUGUGAGGAGUAUCCGUAUCUGAAUGAAGGAAAAAUACACCCACUUCAGGAGGAGAAACAGGCUGUCCACAUGCUAAAGCCAAUAGUCGUUUUGUAGGUAGCAAAAGGCUGUGAGUCAUUCAAACACUGGCAUGAACACUUGAUUUUUGUCAUUUCCUCCUUUAAAUUAUUAAUUUAUUAGCAUAUUUAUUAAGAAUUCCACAAAGUUAAUUGAUGCACUCACUCAUUUAUUUAUACAAAAUCCUGAAGGAUAGGAUUCUAACAGAUCAAAAGGAAAUGCAAAUGGUAAUUGCUACUUUAGUAUUGACUAAUUAUCGUUGUAGUUAGCCAGUCCCAUUCUGUGAAGUGAUCUCUUGAAUAUGAAAGUUGUGAUCAGUGCUCUUGUGCCAUUAUUAGAUAUAAUUGAAUAGACAGCUAGUCAGGCCCUAUCAAAAGGCUUGGCACUUUUGACUACCGAUCAAAUGAAACGGUCUAUCUUAAUGUACAGUGCUGUAAAUACAUUUCAAUGGUGUGUUCUACAUAUAUUUUUGUCCGGCAUUAGCUGAAAAAACAGGCCUCUGAAUCUUUACAUAUUUGAGCUUUUCUUUGCUGCUGCUGUUUAAACUUGAUCCAAACCAUCUCAAUAAGUGGAGCCAUAGCUAUCAUGGAAGACAUUUAUCCGCUCUUCACACACACACACACACACACACACACACACACACCUUUGACCCCUAAUCAUAGUAGAAUGUCAUUUACCUCCGCUCCGUGUGGAGCUCUGCCACUGGUGGAGGAAGCUAUGUGCCAACGUUUAAACUGACAUUAUGCUCCACUGAGUCUCAACACCGUGACCUAUGGUUCAUCACGAAAACGGUUGACCUGGCCACAGUACCCCAAAGUGUCAGUGACCAAACGCGGAGCCCUCGCUGGGCAAUUUCUUAUUGGCUUUCUCAUGCAAAACCUCCAUUGACGUAAUCACGCCAGUGGAGCGGUUUAAAAAGCUCCUCUCUGUCGAGACAAUCAGACGGGCUCUCAAAUUUCCUUAAAGCUCAUAGUCCGCUCCCCUCAUGAUCUAUAGCUAAUGAAUGCAUGAAGAGGUAUUUAAAUGAAAGGGCACUUAAAUGAGGAGAACCACAGGCGAUAUUGAGCAUGCGUGGAGGUAGAAUAUCACGUCCAUGUUCUACACGAGUGCUCCGUAUUUAGUGCACUUUUUUUUUCUUUCUUUUUUUAAAAGGGGCAGUGCACUAGAUUUAACCUUUCAAUUGAGUGGACAGUGAACUUUGAAGCUGUAUUGGGUGGAUACAUUUUAAGACGAUUGGGGAGUUGUUUAUAUUUGGAAUAAAUAUUUGAUUUUGUUUUCGGCAUUAAUAUCUAACCCAAAUGCAAAACUAUUGUUGGGCUUAACCAUAGGUUAACAUAGUCGGACUGAAACUCCUGCCGAUUACGAUUUACCGCUAUUGAGGACAACAUGCUUAAUAAAUUAUUUGCCAUUUUUUCUCUUUUGGCUAUUGAAUAGAGAAUCCAAAAUUAGGGCAUAACCAUGGGCUUCAUUUAUCUUUACAAAGUAUUUCCGAGUGAAUCUGAAGGAUAUGUCUGAAGGACACCGUGUUUCGGUGGGUAAUUGGGUGUUAAUGAUGACAACAGCAGCCCGCCUUAGAACAUCGCGGAGCUGGCCGCUGUCUUUGAUUUGAACAUUCAUUUGAUUAGAUUCGUAUAGAUACCUUUCACCCCUGCAGAGUAUUUCAAUAGUGAGAUUGUGUGUCUGAGUAAGAGUGGAAGAGCCUUGAAUGGACAUUUCCUAAUUAGGGUGAGUAAUGAGUCUUGAGCUAGGGCAUGUGUGAGCAAACCCCCAGGACAAGGCGUCCACCAGAUAAUGCAAAUCCACCCGCAAAGCUACAAUCAGUUAAAAGAGGGUAUUUUUAUCAGCACUUAGCUCAUCAUCCUGCCUUUGGAAACCAUGUUUAAAAUAAUUAAACUGAAAACAUAUGGAAAUUACUGCACAUGGCCAUGAUUAAAUAAGGGUGGGCGAUUAUUCUGCCUUGAGUGUGGGGGGGGGGGGGGGGGGCACAUUAUGCACCUUUCAAAGCCAUUUAGCGACUGAAAUGAAAUUCAAACAACAUCCAUGAUACACUGAGGUGAAAGCCCCAUGCGCCUCUCCGAGCAACCUUCUCAGACCUCUGAAUGGCCGCAUCGCAAACUCAAAGUAGUGGAUAGGAUCGCUGACCUGGAAUUAAUGACGAGUGAGAAAGAUCGCAAUGAGUAAUAAAGCCAAUGUCACACAGCCUCAAUCACAACUUUAUCUAAUUAAAUACUUUGACUCGAUUCAAAUUCACAAAUGCUUUGCAUCCAGAUUCCUCUCUGGGGUUAAAUCUGGCCUGAUUGCAGCCGCAGCACACUUAUCGCUUCAGUGAAUCUGACAUCUUCGGAUUUGUCUCUUUGAUCACCAAUACCUGAUAUAAAUGGGGUAACUCUCAGCAGAUAAGUCGUGAUCAUCUGUUGUUGCUCCGAACAGAAUGACAAGAGUGUGAUUUGAUAUAAGCCUGCGCCUAUUUUCCCCCGCUUUUUUACUUGAGAUGGACUCCUUCACUCCAGCGAAAAACACCCCUGGAACUCUUUAUCACCGGGUUUGACCUUUCUUUUGAACUCAUAGUGACUGAACUGUGUUUACUUCUCUCUAAAACACAGAAUGGUUCUCCUUGAUUAUAGUAUGUGGACAUCAUGAAGCACCUAAAUACACUCAAAAGUUUGUGGAAUAAUGUUUAAUUUGUACUUAACAUUGAUUUAGUGUUGAAUUCACUUGAGUAUCUUUUGCCUCUUUGUAGUGUGUAUUGUAUGGUGAUCAUUUCUGUGAACAGAUGGACAAAUAUCUGUUCUUAAAAUGGCAAGGGAUUUUUUUUCUUACUAAUCAAUGAAUCUUUGGCUGGUUGUGCAAAAAAAAAAUCUUUUGGUGAUGUAAUGUACAUAGAUUUCCACAACUCUGAGUCUGCUGUAAAGCAGAUGGUGAUUUUAGCAUGAAUUCCAAAGAUUAAUUGGUAAAAAAAAAAUGGUUUACUCCUUUUUCUUUUCUUUUACUUUCUGAAAUGUCAGUGCUGGUUCAUAUUCAAAAAGGCCCUCUCUCUAAAGGAACUGAAAUUAACUGAACAUUUACCCCAUUCUCACAGUUUAUCUAGAACAAAGACAAUUGCCUUGAAAAUAUGUCUUUACAUGAAAGAGAAUCUACUUGUUAUCCUAAUUGUUGGUAUAUUUAUAUAGGAUAAAAUGCUUGUGAGGCCCUGUUUUUGUACAGUUUUAUGUACAUACAAGUGAAGCUUUCUAAAAGUUCUGAGAAAAGCCGAUGGCAUAUAGAAAUUGUAACAUGUUUUCUUGAGAUGUGCACAUCUUGCCUUGGAUGGAUUGACCUUUGCUGAGUCAGUGUGAAUGUGGCCGUUCUAUGCCUGCACUGUAGUCAUUCACCGGCUCCCACCUCCUGAGGACUUAAUCAGUUCUUAUGUUUAUCGUGAACAGUGGAUCGUCUUAUCUUACCAGUUUGUUAAACUCCUGUGUUCUGCUUUGUUCUGUUUUCGCAUGUUGACAAAUUCUCUUGUAAUACUGUAAGUCCUCAUGAACUUUGUAAUAAAAUCACUUCAGGGAAAAAGUGAA